AUGAGCGACAGUGCAGCCGCCGAAACGGCUCCUCCAGCUUCCGCCAUCACCAAACCCAAGACUCCCAAGAAGAAGAAGGCGGCGGCACCCAGGAAACAACCAGCCGGUCCCGGGUUGGGUGAGCGGAUUGUGAAGAUUGUCGGGGAGAGCAGCGAUCGGAAGGGGACGUCUCUGGCCGCUAUAAAGAAGGCGCUGCAGAGAAGCGAGGUCAAUGUGGAGAAGCAAAAUGCACAGAUCAGGAUGGCUAUCAAGAGGUGUCUGGCAAAAGGCUCCCUGGCUCUGGUCAAGGGCCAAGGCGUCUCCGGCUCCUUCAAACUCCCUAAGAAUCCAGUCAAGGCAAAAGUGGGAAAGAAGGCGAAACCAGCAGCAUCCGCCAAGAAACCAGCCGUGAAGAAAACAACGGCCAAGAAGGUGACAGCGAAGAAAUCCCCAGCCAAGAAAGCAACAGGCAAGAAAGCGGCCGUCAAGAAGGCAGCAACGCCAAAGAAAGCGGUGAAGAAAGCAGCGCCUAAGAAAAAGACUCCCGUGAAGAAGGUGAAAAAGACCAAGAGCCCCAAGGCCGCAAAACCGGUCCCGAAAUCGGAUAAACCGAAGGCCAAGCCCAAAGCGAAAGUGACGAAGAAAGCAGCAAAGAAAUGAAGCAGUCGGUGCAACAUGUAACCUUCUGAAUCCAAAGGCUCUUCUCAGAGCCACCCACAUCUCUCAGGAAAGAGCUGAGCCCGGAUCGAAUGAUCCCUGUCCCGGUUCCGAGUGCAGACACAGCUUAAACAUGAAUUGAUUCGAGUAACUCAAAUAUCACACUUGCCGUGAUUUACGAGAGCGGAGACUGAGAAUGGGGAAGGUACCACAUGGGGAGGGUCAAUGGAACUGCAUCUCGUUAUUUCAUACCGCGAGUUGGAAUUCUGCCCAGACACUAAUGUUACAUAUUGCAGUAUAUGUAUCUCAUUAACCCUUACAGGAAUUAUAUUUUGUUUAGUUUUGAUGCUGGGACCCCUGGCGAUAUUUUAAUGGUGUAUUCCUUCCAUUUACCUGUUAAAGACAUUUCAGGCAGCAAUUACAAAUUGUGUUCUGCUUACAAUCUGGGCGAAAUGAAAAUGGACCGAAAAAAUGGGAUUCUGUAAAUAUUCGUUUUGAAGAUGUUUAAAUCGGCGGGUUUGAUAAGAUUGAUUAACCGCGGUUACACGGCCGGUUGAUCAGUUUGUCUGGGCUGUAUUACACCCCGCGCUUUCCUUCUGCCUGUUACAGAAAGAUUAGGCAACGAUCCCGUGUCCGGUCCGCGCUGUGUGCA